GCAUUAGCAUCCAUCUCCUGUCACUACCCAUGUGGUGUAUAUAUUCUUAUCCUUUAUCACCUGGCACGGGGUCUAUGUAUACCUGACAGCCCCAGGGGUUAUAUAUCUAACUUCCAUGACACCUGAUGGCAGCUGUUUUCACGAGGAUCAUUGCCUAAAGACAUGGUGACCUACAAGCUUAAAAUUGCAACCGGGACUGAGGAGAGGGCUGGGACCAUUGUACAAGUCUCCAUUGUUCUUGUAGGAGUCGAGGGAGAAAGUGCUAAACUCCAACUACCCCAUAAGUGGAGCAACUUCAUACGUGGAGCAGUAACUGACUUUGACGUUAUCAUGGAGAAAGAUCUUGGAGACCUCCUGCUGGUCCGGAUCUCUACAGAGCAAUACAAAACCUUUAAUAUGGAUGCUUGGUACUGCCGCUAUGUUGAUGUGACAAGUCCCAGUGGUCAACUCUACCAGUUCCCUUUCUAUCAGUGGAUAUGUGGUCCAAUGACUGUGGAGAUCCCAGAGGGGAAGGGUGAGAUUGAAUUUGUAAUGAAGAUGAAAGGUUUUGCAACCUGUAAGGCAUCAUGGACUGAUAUAGAAGACAUCAGAUUUUUAUAUUCCCUUUAUAAGUCAGAAUAUUCGGAUGUGGUUGCUGAGUUAUGGAAAGAGGAUGACUUCUUCGGGAGUCAAUAUCUGAUUGGAGUUAACCCUACACUAAUCAGGAAAUGCAGCAAAAUCCCUGAGAACUUCCCAGUUGGUGACAAUAUGGUGGCUGCAUCUCUUGGGACCACCACCAGUCUUCAGAAAGAACUAGAGGAUGGUAACAUCUUCCUGGCAGAUUACAAGAUUCUGCAGGGGGUCCCUGCCAAUAAAUCUGUUAAUGGAAAGCAACAAUACAUGGUUGCCCCCAUGUGUCUACUGUGGAAGAAUCCUGAAGAUCAACUUGUGCCAAUAGCCAUCCAGUUGGCUCAAAGCCCAGGAGAGAAUGCUCCAAUCUUCCUGCCCAGUGACUCUGAAUCUGACUGGUUACUGGCCAAGAUUUGGGUGCGCAAUUCUGAGUUCCAGGUGCAUCAAGUGGACAGUCACCUUCUCCGCACUCAUCUCUUUGCUGAGGUCUUCAACAUUGCAACCACCAGACAACUUCCAAUGAGCCACCCAGUGUACAAGUUAAUUACUCCACAUCUACUUUACACCCUUGAGAUCAAUGUCAUUGCCAGAAUGAAGCUAAUUGGUCCUGGGGGUUACUUUGACCAGAGUAUAGUAACUGGAAAAGGAGGGAUUCCAAUACUGCUGAAAAAAGCGAUGGAUGGGGUCACCACAAGGGCUCACUUUGUGUCUAACAUUAUUCAUUACUACUAUAAGAGUGAUGAAGCAGUCAGUGAGGAUCCUGAACUUCAGGCAUGGGUGGCAGAGAUCUUUAAAGAAGGUUUCUUGGAGAAUACAUCUUCAGGGGUCCCAUCUUCCUUGGAGACCAAAGCCUCUCUGAUCAAGUACCUGACAAUGGUGAUCUUCACAUGUUCUGCUCAGCACGCAGCUGUCAACAAAGGUCAAUUUGACUUCUACUCUUGGAUGCCCAAUAGUCCCACAUCAAUGAAAAGCCCCCCUCCAACAGCUAAGGGCAUCAGCACAAUGCAGACUAUCCUGGAGGCAUUGCCAGAUGUAAAUGUUGUAAGCGUCGCUAUAUUCGUAGUGUGGCUGCUCAGUAGAGAUUCGGAAGACUCGAGACGACUAGGACAUUACCCUGAUGUGCGUUUUACAGAGAAGAGCCCACUACAGUCUAUUGAGGAUUUUAAAAAAAAGCUACUGGAAAUUUCCAAGUCCAUUACUGACCGAAACAAGAGCAUGUAUUUUCCAUAUACCUACUUGGACCCGAAAAUGAUUGAGAACGGUAUCAUUAUCUAAGAAUAAUAGUGGUGGUUUAUCUACUUCUUAAGGGGCCUAUUUAUCACCAUACUUAUCUUGUAUGCGGAUGUCAUGUGAUAAAAUCGCCCAAACUCGCACUGCGAUAACUGAUUACAUUGCAGGGAUGUAUCAAUUAUCGGAUACAGGGACAGAGCUCGCGGUCAAGCUCCUUGUAAUAAGAUACUGUAAGACUGGUAAUUCCAAUAUACAGUGGUACUGUAUCUUCAAGUCUAUUGUCAGAACAUAUUUGUGACAUGAUUAAAGAUUAAU